AUGGAGACAAACAGCAACAACGGUAACAAUACUAAUAACUCCCAGGUAGAUGUUAAAGAGUCAUUACGACUAAUUGAAGAUUUAAAAUUCUUUUUAGCUACUGCUCCAGCCAAUUGGCAAGAGAAUCAAGUUAUAAGGCGAUACUAUUUAAAUCUGGAUGAAGGAUUUGUUAGUUGUGUUUAUUGGAAUAAUCUUUAUUUUAUUACUGGUACUGAUAUUGUUCGAUGUAUAGUUUAUAAAUUUGAACAUUUUGGUAGAAAGAUUAUUGAUAGAAAGAAAUUUGAAGAAGGAAUAUUUUCAGAUUUAAGAAAUUUAAAAAUUGGUACUGAUGCAAUUUUAGAACCUCCAAGAUCAGAAUUUUUAGAAUUUUUAUUUAAAAAUUCAUGUUUAAGAACUCAAAAGAAACAAAAAGUAUUCUUUUGGUUUAAUGUUCCUCAUGAUAAAUUAAUGGCGGAUGCUUUAGAAAGAGAUUUGAAAAAGGAAAAAGUUGGUCAAAAUCCAACAACAAUUGCUUGUAAAGAACCAGCUUUGUCUUUUAAUUAUGAUGAAUCGCAGAAUUUAUAUUCUCAAUUGGCAAAACAUAUGGAAAUUCAAAAAGGUCUAAAUGAUCUUGGUACCAAUGAUGAUAAUAAUAAUUACUCUGCUGCAACUACUAGUAAAACUGGUGGACAAAGUACUCAAUCUUCUCCCGAAUAUAUAUCAACCAAUCGUGCUGUUAAACGUGAAGAAGAGUUUGGUUAUCUUAAUCAAGAAACUCCAUCUCAAUAUAAGACAGCUUCAGAUUAUGAAGAUGAUUUCCCAUUGGAUUACCUUAAUCAAAAUGGAAAUGCUCCAAAACAAGAUGAAUAUAUCACCUUAGAUUCCAACUAUCAUCCAGGAACAUAUCUAGAGGAAAAUUACGAAUCUUUCUUAGAUUCAACUCUAUUUGUUCCUCCAUCGGCCACUCUACCUACAUCUGCAAACCCAGUCGCUUUUAAUGAUGAAUAUCUCAUAGAACAAACCCAGCCACUCAAAACUCCCCUUCUACCAAUUUCAGCAUCAGCCCUACAACCAAGAUCUGCCAAAUAUUUGCUGAUACGUUCUUCCAAAGGUGAAGAAUUCUUCCCCCAAACAAUCCCUCUAUCUGCCAAAUAUCAAACAACUUUCGGUCCGGCACAGUUAGCUACACCUGCAUACUUCAAACCACAACCAACGACAUAUUUACAACCCCCUUCAGCUACAAUCGCUCAAUUCUACGAUUCUUCCUCAGUGCUAUAUCCAACGGAAAUUCCAGUGCAGUAUAAUGUAAUUCAUCCUGAAAGUGAAUAUUGGACAAAUAUUGCUCCUGCAACUGCUACUACUUAUACGCCGGCCUAUGAUGCAUUUCUGAUGAAUCAACAAGUUAUGUAUAUGAAUAAUGAUGGAGAUUAUCAAUCGGCAUAUAAUAAUGGGAUGGUCAACAUGGUACAGCGACCACCUCUUUCUGCUCUGACACAAUAUUUCUAUCAACCGACUGCUGUUUCUGGUAAACAUAAUAGUCGACAACAACCACCACCACAACAACCCCAACAACAAGGUAGUGUAGGACAAAAGAAACAACAACCACAACAACAACAAUCGGCGGUGCUGUCAAAGAUUAUGAAGAAUAAGAAAAUUCAACAACAGCAGCAACAACAAAUUCAUCAGUUGAAUAAGAAAGGGAAACAGGUGUAUGAGACUCCAAAUGAUUUACUCAAUUCUCAAGCUACUAGAAUUGUGAAUAUGGCAAGAGAUAAGGUUGCAAAAUAG